CUUGGUGGAAUAAAGUCACGAAGACUUGACGAAUGUUCUAUAUCUAAGAAAGACUUAGGAGAGGAACGAAACAGUUUCGUUAGUUUCAACUUGGAUGAGAAGAAAUCAAAAAGUCUUGUCGGCCUACUUUUUCCACACAUUGUACAUUUCACUCAAGGCUUUCUCCCUGUGUCGGUGUUGUUAAGAAACACGAAGGUAUUGUGGGUUAUCUCCGAGAAACAAGACUAUCGGUAGAAAAACAGGGUUCCUUCGCUAAGGACAAGAUAAGACGAGAUAGAGGAGGCGUUUGGAGGUCUGUGCUCAGGAUUUGAAGAGCUUCAGCUUCUAGUGUCAAUACAUCCCGAACAUUCUGAGAAGAUUUUUGAACGUUGCUUCCAAAUCUCGGACACCAAUUCUCGGACAACGCUGCUCAAUAGUCGGACGACCGUGCUUUAUUCUCGGACAUACUUUAUCUCUCCGUCUGCCAUUCCACGGUAGCCGGUUUUCAUUUUACAUGGCACUUUCUGGAGUCUGGUACCCGGCGGCCUAUCACCACCCCACGAUCAAACAGGAGCACUUUCAAAUAAAACAAGAGGCGCCUCAGAAUUUGUCACCUUCCUACCCGACCGCUGCUCACACCGGAGACGCCCCGGAAGCCCACGUGUCUCCUGCCAGGCGUGUUAUGCACAAAGGUCCCUACUCAACAUCGAGUCAAGCCCAAGGAAUCCUACCACAGGAAGAUAUCGAGGUCUUUCUGAACACUUUGGAGCCGAAGACAGAGCAGGCGACGAGAGAAUCGGCCGCGAACCCAAUUCCCAUUACGAUGUUUCAGAACGGUACAAUGUCUGUCCACUCGCCUCCGACGUAUCAUCCAGAAAGCGGAAGCAAUGGGUUCCUCCCAGGAGGAAGUCCUGUGUACGUGCCGACCACCCGCGCCGUCCUCCCAAUGCAGUACAUGGCACAAAACAGCACGUCCCAGACGACACAACAAAAUGGCGUGUGGUCCAUGCAGGAACCUGCCUACACGAGCGCUUCAGUUUCCCCGAGGUUUACAUUCCCGCCAACCCCGAGUCCUCCAAUCAGCUCCCCACCUCGUCCUGACGUGAGCGGAUCCAGCGUCAGUGGAUUCGGUGCGGCUAUACCACGACCAAGUGGGAUCUCGCCCUACCCGACCUACAUGGGCCCAGCAGAUAUUUCGCCUUGGAACACGUUCAACAAUGGCAUGACGUUUCAACAGCAGGGACUGAGACAGCCCUUGACAAGUGGGAAUUACACUUAUGAAUGUGGCCCGGACUUUUUCGCGGAGGGGCGGGAGUGCGUGAACUGCGGGGCAAUCUCCACGCCAUUGUGGCGUAGGGAUGGGACGGGCCACUACCUCUGCAACGCUUGUGGCCUCUAUCAUAAGAUGAACGGCAUCAAUCGGCCCCUUAUUAAACCGCAGAGGCGAUUGUCGGCCUCCAGACGAGUAGGCCUUUCCUGUGCCAACUGCCACACCUCAACAACCACACUUUGGCGGAGGAACAAUGAGGGUGAGCCGGUCUGCAAUGCGUGUGGGUUGUACUACAAGUUACACGGGGUAAACCGACCUUUGGCCAUGAAGAAAGAAGGAAUACAGACCAGAAAGCGAAAACCAAAGAAUCUCUCCAAAUCUAAGGUCACCACGUGUUCAAGUUCACCAAUAAAAAGCGAGCCUCAGGAUGUAAAGCCAACAGUACAGACCCCGCCUCAUACGAAUAUCCACGCAGCCCAUAGCACACAACACACGGUCUUGAACGGUAACCAAGGAAACAGCCACCAUAACAACAGCCAUAGUCUUCACACGAUGAUGCUUCCCAACACGCCCUCUGGCAGCCCGUCUUCGUGUCAUGAUCUGAGCAUACCCUCGCCUGAUUCAAGUCCUGUAUUAUCUAACUCCGCAAGCCUUCAUCCGGCAGUUCGAAGCAUCUUUUCAAACAGUAGUCAUGGCAACGGUAACCAUGGUAACAGCCACCAUAGCAACCCACUUAAGAUGGAAAAGGACAUUUCUAGUGGACCAACAAUGCAAUUGACGUCGUCGUCGAUGCCUUCAAUAUCUGUUGGGGCUAAUUGAACCAAUCAGAUUUCUCUCAUUGUAAGAUCUCGUCACGUGCUUUAUACCCACAUACCUCGUGCCUCAGCAGGAUCUAGGCACGCAAUUGUUCACUAAAUUACAUUGACUGGCGAUCAUGGGGGCGAUUGGACAGUUCAUGUUGUGCACUUCUAAGACUGUGUCGUUUUGACCCGCAGUGGAGUUCGGACCUGUGUUAGAGUUGGCAUAGGUUGUAAACUUUGAAAUGUGAAUGGACAUAUCAUGUCACUCCGGAUGGUGAUGACGUCAGGUGCCCCGGUAAUGAUGCACCUCUUUCCUCCUAUGUGGCAGAAGAGUUCUAAGAUGACGCCAUCGGCCACCAGUUGUAUAUAAACAUCCUGAACUAUCAAACCUCGUAAAAGUCAUUGGCAUCCGAUAAAGCAUAUAGACUGCGAUGUCUUGCCAGUGUCUUGUCAACUAGAAUGGUUAAACCAUGCGUGUUUAUUUAUUCCUCUUGUUUAUAAUCUAAUGUAUGCAUUCGUAAAUAGAUGGCGCUAUGCCACAGCUUCCUGUGACGUCAUUUUCUAUAAACAGUAGCAGAGAUUGCGAUGCCACGGCCUGUAAAUACGCAUUACCAAAAUCAUAAGCCGAGAUGGUUGGCAUCAAGUAGUUUUGCCAUGUCAGAGAUAGCCAUUUUUCGUUUGCCUUUAAUUUUUGACAUUACUUUAUUUCUGAGGUCAAUUAUGACUCACUAUAUGACUUCAGGGCAAAUCUGUUUUCUUGCCGUCGUUUUAACUGCCUCCUGGACCUCAUGGUUUAUAUACUCCAUAGCCUGGGUCUCUUGACGAGAUACAAAAACCUUGGUGGUCAAAAAAGUAUUUACUGCUGAAUUUAAAUGCAAUCGGUUUAGGUAAGAAUUGAUGAGAACUUGUUAAUUUUCAUCCUUUAAUAAAAUGGAUGCAUUUUUGUAAUGUGUACAUGUGAAGUUGUUGGUGCCGUUAAAAUAUAAAAACUGCUUAUUUAAUUCGCCAAAUAUACUCUAUUAUAAUAAAUCAUGCGUUUCAAAAUA